CCCUCAAACUUACAUUUGGAGAUGAUCGCUUUCAGCAGGUUAGUUGUUCUCUCCCGGGCAGGAUAGGUAAGCGCUGAAUUUAACUGGAGGUUUGGCUGUAAUAACUCGCAUUUUACAGACUGAGUGUCAUUACAAUGACUUUUAUUGACAAAGGCUGGAGUUCUUAUCAGUAAAGUAUGUUCAGCUGGCCGAUGAACAUUUGACAGACGUGUAGGAGAACCUGUGCACUCCAUUCAGUCAAUUGCUGUGGAGUAACAUUUCUGGGACAUGAUCUGAACAGUAAAGACCGGAUUCAUUCACUGGAUGUUUUCUGUCUGGAAAACUGUCAAGACUGCUGAGAGCAUACGGGAAACAGCGAUGGACAGGCGGAUGAUCUGCAAUGGCCUCCACUAAUGGCUUCAAGAAGGAAUUAAUAUCAUUCUUUCACACCGGUGACCCGCGCUUGCCGCAACUUUGUCAAAACACGUUCAAGCGCCCCUGCAACACAAUCAGACAAAAAGAAACAAAUUAGUGAAAUUAGAGCGGCCUAAGGAAGCUGAGUCAAAACUGGCACAGAUGCCAGUCUUUUUUCCCCUUUAAAGUUCAGUGUUACCACAGAGGCGGUCUGCCUCAUCAUCCUCUGCCUGCUUAUUAUCUAUCAGACUCCAUUUAAUGAGGCAUCAGAAGAAAGGCGCAACCAUGUACUUACUGCUAGUGUUUGUACUACAGGCCCUGUGGGUGAGUUGGUGUCAUGCCACACAGCAUUACCCGGCCUCAUGGGGGCACUAUGAUGUUUGUAAGUCCCAGGUUUAUGCAGAAGACCGCCUGGCCUGGCACUACAUGGCCUGCCAGCCUGAGGCCACUGAUAUGACCAAAUACCUGACUGUGUCUCUGGCCCCACCCAACAUUACCUGCGGAGACCCACCUGAGAUGUACUGUGCCCUGGAAAACCCAUAUAUGUGUAAUAACGAAUGCGACGCUGAUACCGAAGAGCUGGCCCACCCGCCCGAGCUCAUGUUUGACUCUGAAGGACGAAACCCAACCACGUUCUGGCAGUCGACCUCCUGGAAGAAAUACCCCAAGCCGCUUCAGGUCAACAUCACGCUGUCCUGGAACAAAACAAUAGAACUCACCGAUGACAUUGUCCUCACCUUUGAGUCUGGCCGACCCGAGCAGUUGGUCUUGGAGAAGUCCCUGGAUUACGGUCGUACAUGGCAGCCGUAUCAGUUUUACGCAUCUGACUGUUUGGAUGCCUUUACUAUGGAGCCAAAAGCAGUACAUCAGCUGAACCCAAGCACGAUGCUAGAGAUCAUCUGCACAGAGGCCUAUUCAACGGGCUACGUGUGGAAGUACGAUAAGACCGUGCGCUUCGAGAUCAAAGACCGCUUCGCCCUUCUUGCCGGCCCGAGACUGCACAACAUGGCUUCUCUGUAUGGGCAACUGGACACCACCAAGAACCUAAGGGAUUUCUUCACCCUCACUGACCUUCGAAUAAGACUUCUACGGCCUGCCACCGGAGCCACAAUGGUGGACGAGAACAACCUUUCUAGAUACUUCUAUGCCAUCUCAGACAUUAAAGUGCAGGGCAGGUGCAAGUGCAAUCUGCAUGCCAACAGCUGUGUUUUUGACAAAGGGAAGCUGGGGUGCGAGUGCGAGCACAACACUACGGGGCCGGAUUGCGCACGCUGCAAGAGACACUACCAGGGCCGAGCCUGGAGCAUGGGCUCCUAUCUGCCCAUCCCCAAGGGUACUGCCAAUAUCUGUAUCCUGAAUAAUCUUGGCACCUCUGUUCGACCGAAUGCUUCUUCUCUUGGAGCAGCAAACCGAAAUCAAGCUCGAGUUUGUGACAACGUGCUCCUGCGCUGUCAGAAUGGUGGCGUGUGUCACCACCACCAGCGCUGCCAGUGUCUGGCCGGUUUCGGAGGCAUACUGUGUGAGAAGGCCCAGUGCCAGGGUGACUCUUGUGAGGAUCUGCAAUCCAGCCAGCCGUCCCUCCGCCCCCCGCCCACGGCCCAGACUCUCCCGCUGGCUCUUCUAUCUCUCAUCCCCUCCCUGCUGGCCACCCGGGGCCUUACAUCACUCUAAGGGGAACGCUUUCGCCCCAAAGACAUUCUCCACGGGGGCUCCAAUCAUGACUUCCUGUUAGAGGACACACGACGACUGAAAAUAAAUGCUGGUGGG